CGAUACCAUCGAUGUAUUCACAUUUGUACUAAUCGCAUAGUCCGGAGUAAUCGCUGCCAGUUUGUUGUGGUCUGCCGUCUCUUGUUGUUUAUCGCUGCGUUGUACCUGUGACAUCAUGCAUUUAUCAAUUGCAUCUGACUUCGUAGAAACUAUAUAAAUAACAUUCUCCGCUUAGCAAACUUGACAUAUCUUUAUGUAUCGCUAAUAACGCGUCAAAAGGUGGAAAGGCCGAUGCCGGAUGAUCACACGACGCCGGACUUCAGGGAGUCGAUUGUGUAUCUUGAAGCGAAGUGAAAAUUACAAUAGCAAGAAAAUUUACUAGCUUCCGACACAUGAAGUUGCAGAUAUUCCAAUGAAUUUCCUCGCUUUUGUAAUUCUUCAUAUCGUUUCAAAGCACACAAUUGAUCACUAGAUCGCUUCGGACGGUCAAGCCAGCGUAGGUUAACAGCGACGUUUCCGGUUAGGCGCGAAAAAUUAUCGAUAUCCCUCUCCUGUUGGCGGGAACGUGUUGGAAAGGCGGGACGCGCGUACGAGUGGACACUCGUAAUGGACAGUGUAUGAAUCGAUACGCGGAUCCCUUUUCACAUUUCCCAACAUCUUUGCUAGCCGCGAUGGCUCGUGGUACAGAUCGUGCGAUCGAACGUAACAUUGCUAGCCGGCGAGUAAGAGAUGAGUCACGAGAAAAUGAACCAGGAUGCAGUAAGAAGAAAAUACUUCGGAGUAUGAAACGUAACAAAGAGUCAGAUGAAGUAAAAGAACAAGUGGAAUUAAAUUCCAAAGUAAACUUAGAUACAUCCGUAUUAGAUAAAACUCCAAAGCAAUCAGCAAAGAAAAACAUGACUACAGAAACAAACAAGGAAUCAGUGGUAUCUGAUUGUCAUGAAAUCGAAAUAAAAACUGAUGGAAAUGCUAUUCCAGAAUUCGAUAAGGAAAAUCAUGAUCCAGAAAUAAAUCAGGAGGAAAUAAAAGAAAAUCCAGAGAAGAGAACAAAAGUGGAGAACAAUAAGAAAAUAUGUGAAUCAAAAUCUCCAAAUAAAAAGGCAUCUGUUGUAGUAGAACGAUGCCAACACUGUAAACAAAAAUUGAAUGAUGAUAUAAAGUUAUAUCAAGGCCAUCCUAAUGGUGCAAUUGAAGAACAGAUAGCUUUAACUGAUCCUAACCUAUGUUUAUUUAUUGGAGAUGAAUCUUAUAUAGAUGAAAGCGAUGAGAGACCGCAAAAUAAAUUAACUCAUUUUAGUGUUUACGACAUGAAUGGACACCUAUGCCCCUUUGAUACAGGACUUAUAGAAAAAAAUGUACUAUUGUAUUUUUCUGGGUACAUGAAACCUAUUUAUGACGAAAACUCCUCCCCUGAAGGAGGUAUACCGACAAAAGAUAUGGGACCAAUAAAUGAAUGGUAUGUUACCGGAUUCGAUGGAGGAGAAUUAGCAUUAAUAGGUUUUAGUACGGCAUUCGCGGAAUAUAUUUUGAUGGAACCGUCUGAAGCCUAUGCACCAUUCAUGGAUAUUGUUAAAGAGAAGAUAUAUAUGAGUAAAUUGGUUAUAGAAUUUUUACUAGAUGAAGUUAAUCCAUCUUACGAAGACUUGUUACAUAAACUUCGAACAGUAGUACCUCCUAAAGAAACGAUGAGAUUCACAGAAGAUACAUUGUUACGCCAUGCACAAUUUAUUUGCGAUCAAGUUGUAUCAUUUGAUAAUUCUGCUGAAGCUGAUGAUAUUCUUCUCAUUACGGCUCCAUGUAUACGAUCUCUCAUGAAGCUCUGUGGUAUCACAUUGGGUAAGAAAUCGGUUCUUCGUUCAGUGAGACGCGAACAGAAGGUCAAGACGCCUGCGUGGUCAAUGGCCACUACGACAAAACUAGUUAGCAAUAUGUUUGAAAAUAUUUUUUCUGGUCAACUUGCCAAACAUAAUGUGACACGUAAAAGGUGGCGAUGUGGCAUUUGCGACAACUGCCAACAACCUGACUGUGGUGUUUGUGUUGCUUGCAAAAAUAUGACGAAAUUCGGAGGCAAGGGAAGCCAAAAGCAAGCAUGUAUUAGAAGGAGAUGUCCAAAUUUGGCGAUCCAAGAAGCAGAUGAUUCUGACCCAGAAAACGAGGAACAGUAUGAAAAUCCAGCAGAAGAUCAAAUAAUACAAGAGGAGGAACGUAAAAAGGAAGAUUUUAAAGAACUUAAGAAAGAUAUAAUAUGGGAAGAAGAAGAUAAAAUUGUUGAGGGACAGAAAACGUAUUACAAAUCGGUUAUAGUUGGAAAUGAAAAAAUCCAAAUAAACGAUUAUGUUUUGCUAGAGCCUAGAGAUCCUACAAUUCCUUUACAAAUUUGUAAAGUUAUGUUUAUGUGGGAAACCAAGGGUGGAGCAAAACGAUUUCACGCAAAUCGUCUUCGUAGAGGUGUUGACACUAUUCUUGGUGAAACUUCAGAUUCUAUAGAAUUAUUCCUUAGUGAUCAAUGUUGCGAAGCAUCAUUUACAUCCGUUAGAUCCAAGGCAACUGUUAUUCAUAAAAAGAUACCAGAGAAUUGGUCAGAAUUAGGAAAUAUGGAUGUAGAUAAUGAUAUAAAAGAUACAGAUGGUAAAACAUUCUUUUAUCAAUUAAAAUAUGAUCCUGAAAGUGCUCGAUUUGAAGAUCCGCCACCGGAUCCGGAAUGUCCGGGAAAACAAAUUAGUCAUCGAUUCUGUCCCUCUUGCACCCGAUUGGCUAUACAAACACAACGUGAUAUACCUAAGGUCUAUAAUCGAAUAGAGGAGAAAAGCAGUAAAGACGUAACUUAUGAACUUGUAAAAUACAAAGGCGAAGAAUAUAAAAUUGGUAGUGCAGUAUUCUUAUAUCCACAAGCUUUUAAAUUUGAACAUAAACGAAAAUAUCAAGAAAACAAAAGUCCAAAGAUGAAAUAUGUAGAUGAAGACAUGUUCCCAGAAUUUUAUAGAAAAGCAGAUAAUAAAUCAACAUUCUCUAAUGUUGAUACUCCUGAACCUUUUCAUAUCGGUUACAUCAACACAAUAUAUGCUACAACUACUGAUAUAUUAGUGCCACCUUCUGAUAUUUUUAUUAAAAUAAAUAUAAUGUACCGACCAGAAAAUACUCAUCGAGAUUUAGCACUAAUGGAGCAGUCUGAUAUUAAUAUGGUCUAUUGGAGUAACGAAGAGUGCACUGUAAAUUUCUCUGUCGUUGCCGGUAAAUGUUAUCUGGCAUAUUUCAAAAAUAUGAGCGAGUCUAUCGAAGAAUGGUCUAUGACUGGUCCAAAUAGAUUUUAUUUUACCGAAGCAUAUAAUCCUAAAGAACAAACAUUCGAUGAACCACCUUAUGAUAUCAUUAAUACGAAAAAACUUGGAAAAGGAAAGGGAAAAGGCAAAUCAACAGCAAAGAACACAGAAAAAACUGAAAAGAAACAAGUUAUUGAAGCAUCCGUAGAUUAUCCUGUAUUGUCAAGAAAAUUAAGAAUGUUGGAUAUUUUUGCUGGUUGUGGAGGAUUAUCUGAAGGAAUGCAUCAAGCAGGUGUAGCUGAAACUUUAUGGGCAAUUGAAAAAGAAAAACCUGCGGCAAAUGCAUAUCGCUUAAAUAAUCCAAAAACUACAGUAUUCUCGGAGGAUUGCAACAAGCUGUUACAAAGAGUAAUGAAUGGUGAUUAUGUAGAUGAUAACGGUCAGAAACUUCCCCAGAAAGGUGACGUUGAAUUAUUGUGCGGUGGGCCACCUUGUCAGGGUUUCAGUGGCAUGAAUCGCUUUAAUUUGCGACAAUACUCAUUAUUUAAAAAUUCUCUCAUUGUUACUACUUUAGCUUACUGUGAUUAUUAUAGACCGAAAUUUUUCAUUAUGGAAAACGUACGAAACUUUGUAUUCUGCAAGAAAAGUAUGGUGCUAAAGUUGACUUUACGAUGCCUUAUUCGAAUGGGUUAUCAAUGUACCUUUGGUAUCCUUCAAGCUGGAAGUUAUGGAGUACCACAAACAAGAAGAAGGAUGAUACUCAUAGCUGCUGCACCUGGAGAAAUACUUCCAAAAUAUCCAGAACCAACGCAUGUUUUCAAUAAACGAUGUUGCUCAUUGACUGUAAUGAUAGAUAACAAAAAGUAUAAUGCUAAUCAUGUUUGGAAAGAAUCUGCACCAUAUAGAACAAUUACUGUAAAAGAUGCUUUAUAUGAUUUGCCGGAAAUUAAAUGCGGGUCAAAUAUAGAGGAAAUGCCUUACGGUGGUGAACCGAUAACACAUUUUCAGAGAAAAAUGAGAGGUAAACCAUAUCGGUCGAUGUUGAUGGAUCACAUAUGCAAAGAAAUGUCUCCGCUUGUAGCAGCGCGAAUGAGUUAUAUUCCAACUACAAAUGGUUCCGAUUGGCGCGAUUUGCCAAAUAUUGUAGUGCGAUUGAGCGAUGGUACCUUCUCCAAAAAAUUAGAAUAUACGCACGAUGAUCUGAAAGUUGGCAAAAGCUCAACAGGUGCAUUUCGUGGAGUAUGUAGUUGCAGUAGUGGUCAUCCAUGCGAUCCUACUGACAAGCAAUUUAAUACUUUGAUUCCAUGGUGUUUACCACAUACUUCAAGCCGACAUAAUAAUUGGAAGGGUUUAUAUGGAAGAAUGGAAUGGGAUGGAUUUUUCAGUACAACAAUCACCAAUCCGGAGCCGAUGGGUAAACAGGGUCGUGUUUUGCAUCCAGUGCAAAAUCGAGUUGUCAGUGUAAGGGAAUGUGCGAGAUCUCAAGGUUUUUCUGAUUCAUAUCGUUUCUUUGGUGCAAUAACCGAUAAACAUCGGCAAAUCGGUAAUGCGGUACCACCGCCGUUGGCAGCUGCUAUCGGGCAUGAAAUUAGAAAGUGCAUCCGUGAUAUAACAUUGAUAUCGAAAAAUGUGGAACACAAAUCUAUGAACGAUUAUAACGUCGAAGCAACAACAAGUAAAAGUGUUGAUAACAGUCUCGAUGAAAAUUUUAACAAAAAAUAUGAUGAAAAUUAUAAUAAAAAUCAUGAAAAUUUUAAUGAAAGUUACAACGAAAAUUUGAAGAAAUGCGACAAAGAUGUACCUGAUGCUCACAAUAGUGUAAACAAUAAUCUCGCUAAAAUAUUUGUCGAUGACAUAUGAUGAAUGAAGACGAAAGAAUUAACGAAAAAAA